UCACAUGAUGGUGCCCGUGCCCGUGCCGUGGGCCUGGCUGUCACCAGCAUUUGCAGGCAUUGAUAAAACCCCACAAGGAUUGUUAAUUUAAGCAACUCAGAUGUUUUGUUUCUUUGUUCAAGAACCGAUGGGAGCCAGCAGCCGUUGCUGUCAAGGGGAGGUUGUGGCGCUAAGCAACAGCAACUGGACAUGUGAGGCAACGUGAGGUUCGGUGCCUGCCCCUGACUAUCUUUGUGACCUCUUCACCAAAGAGAUCUGAGAGGGACAAGAGCUCCAACUGCCGUCGGUUGCGCUGUACCUAGCCUACUCCCUGCUUGCAAUUGCAAGUUUGCAACAGAGGAGAUCGACAGAUAGAUGGUCACUUGCUCUUCUUUUUUGCUUUCUCUUCUGGUGACGAGUUCUUUCGUGACCCCCUUGAGUCACUUAUAAGGGAGAACAGCUGAGCAGAGGAGGGGGAAGACGACGUUGACGUGAGAGAUUGCACCCAUCUGCUCCGCUGGCAAUCUCUCCCCCCGCUUCGCAUCGGCUCGGCUCAACAACCACCAGUCCGUCCGUUCCCAUGGGCGGCGGCGGCAGGAGGAGCCGUGCGGACGAGAGAGGAGUCGGCCCCCUGCUUCCGGAGAUGCAGAGCGGCAUGUCUCCCCCUCCUGGCGGAUCCAAUGGUCACCACCACCACCACCACCAGCAGGUUUCUUCCAUGGAGUCAGGGCCGGCGGCGGGGAGGCGCUUCAACUGGAAGGCGCCGGCGAUCGUCCUAGUGUUCGAGCUGCUGGAGAGCAUCGCCUUCUCCGGCGUGGCGCUGAACCUGGUGGUGUACCUGGCCACGGUGCUGCACGGGAGCACCGCCUUCAACGCCGCUCACGUCGACACCUGGAACGGCACCACCUUCAUCGUCCCCGUCAUAGGCGCCUUCCUCGCCGACAGCUACUGGGGCAAGUACCGGACCAUCCUCGCCUCCAUCUCCUUCUACCUCGUGGGCCUGGUGCUGCUCACCGUGUCCGCCGCGGUCCCGUCGCUGCGGCCGGCGACGGCGUGCCAGAUGGGGGAGUCGUGCGCGCCGGCGAGCAAGACCCAGUUCUCCGUCUUCUUCGCGGCGCUGUACCUGACCUCCAUCGGCACGGGCGGGGUCAAGUCGGCGCUGCUCCCGUUCGGCGCCGAGCAGUACGACGACGACGCGGAGCGCCCCGAGCGGAAGCAGGCCUUCUUCAGCUGGUUCUUCGCCGCCAUCAACCUGGGCAUCUUCAUCGCCGGCACGCUCGUGUCGUGGCUGCAGCAGAACGUGGCGUGGGCGCUCGGCUUCGGCGUCGGCACCGCCUGCCUGCUCGCCGCCGCGCUCGCCUUCGUCGCCGGCACGCCAUGGUACCGGGUGCAGAUGCCCACGGGGAGCCCGCUCAAGGACAUCGUCAGGGUGCUCGUCGCCGCCUUCAGGAAGCGCAAGGCGAGGCUCGCGCAAGCGGACGGCGCCGCCGUGCCGCUGCACGAAGAGGAAGAAGACGCCGCCGCCAACGGCGGGCAGCGUCUGUCGCGCACCAAGGGGCUCCGGUGCCUGGACAAGGCCGCCGUGAUCGUGAAGGAGCAGGACAGGGAGCAGGAGGGCGAGUGGUCGCUGUGCUCGGUGAGUGAGGUGGAGGGCGUGAAGAUCCUGGUCCGGAUGCUGCCCAUCUGGUUGACGUGCGUGCUGUACGCGGCGUCGCUGGGGCAGAUGACCACCACCUUCAUCCAGCAGGGGAUGGUCAUGGACGCGCGCCUCGGGGGCCGCUUCAAGGUGCCCGCGGCGUCGCUGGUGUCCGUGGAGGUGGUGUUCAUGCUGCUGUGGGUGGCGCUCCACGACGCCGCCAUCAUCCCCCUCGCCCGACGCGCCACGGGUCGCCCCGGCGGGCUCACGCAGCUGCAGCGGAUGGGCGUGGGCCGGUUCCUUGUGGUACUGGCCCUGGGCACCGCCGCGCUGGUCGAGCGCCGCCGGCUCCGGCAGGCGCCGUCGGCGCCGAUGAGCAUCCUGUGGCAGGUGCCGCAGUUCGUGCUGGUGGCGGGGUCCGACGUGUUCUGCGGCAUCGCGCAGCUGGAGUUCUUCUACGGGGAGGCACCCGCGGCGAUGCGCAGCAUCUGCUCCGCCUUCUCGUUCCUGGCGCUGUCGCUGGGGUUCUACGUAAACUCGCUGGUGGUGACGCUGGUGGCCGCCGUGACCGGGCGCCCCGGGUGGCUGGCGCCGGACCUCAACGCCGGCCACCUCGACUACUACUUCUGGCUCUGGACGGUCAUCAGCAUCGCCAACCUGCUGCUCUACAUGGUGCUCGCCGCGCGGUACACGCCCAAGCAGGUCGCCGCCGCGGCCGUCGAGCCUGGUGGUUCCAGCAGCAGCAGCGAUUAAUUGGGCACGUCGACCGAGGACAACUCGAUCCGGCCGGCCGCUUACUAUACAGACAACGAGACAGUGAGCGAGUCAGAUGGAAAUCAUAUUCGAGUAGGAUAUACUACUACACUAGAGUGGUUACACGCAUAUGUUCCUCAAUUAACCGUUCUACGAGACCUACAACUCUUAAUCGUGAGUUUGUGACACUGUUACGUAGCUAGUACAAUCAUCAUUUGUACAAGUGAUCCAGACAGAUAGCAUAGUUAAUUCAAUCUUUUGGGAGUGUAAGUACGGCACGCCAUGGAAGAUCCAUUGCAAAGUAA